UAUUAUAUACAUAUAUAUAUAUAUAAUAUAUAUACAAUAAUAUAUAUACAUAAUAAAUUAUUUUUUUAAUUAUUAAAAUUAACAAAAAUUAACAAGAAUAUUUUUGAUUUGAUAAAUAAUUAUAAAAUAUUUGAAUUUUUUUUUCAAUUAUAAAAACUACUUUAUUAAUAUACUUUUUUUACAAGUAUGCUAUUGUUAUUGCAUAUUCAAAAAUAAUAUCAGAAAUAUCAUGAAAAAUGAUUUUAUCUCUUUUUUAAUGUAAAUAUCAAAUAAUAUCAAAUAGUUUAGAAUUUGUUAUUUCACUUUGUCAAAAUAUUAUCAUUACAUAAUUUCAAUUUUACAUUUAAAUCUUAUUAUUUAAAUUAUUAAUAUAUAUGUAUGUAAACCAAAAAAAUUUAAUAUUUAAUAUUAUGUUAAAAUUAUAUUAUUUAUGUAAUGAUAUGUAAAUAUAUCAAAUGAAUUUUUUCUUCAUAUAAUUUAUUAUUUUUAUUUAUUUAAUAAAUAUUUUAUUUUUAUUAUUAUUCUCGAAUUAUUAUUUAUUUAUUAAAUAAAUAAUUUUAUUCGAGAUAUAUAACUAGAAUUAUUUGGAUAAUGAUAAAAAUAUUACUUAUAUGAUUUAUGAGACAAAAUGAAAGAGUUUUGGAACACAGAUAUAUAUAUAUACAACAUAUAUAGCGUUUUGUAUACUUGUAAGAAAACGCGGCAUGAAACUGAAAUUGUAAUUUUUUGAUAACGUAAAAACAUUCAGCAUUAUCAUGAAACUAGUAAGAUUUUUAAUGAAACUCAGUCAUGAGACUGUAACGAUAGAAUUAAAAAAUGGUACUCAAGUACAUGGUACUAUUACCGGAGUAGAUGUGGCAAUGAACACGCAUUUGAAGACUGUAAAAAUGACAAUAAAAAAUAGGGAUCCUGUACAAUUAGAUACAUUAAGUUUACGAGGCAAUAAUAUAAGGUAUUAUAUAUUACCAGAUUCAUUACCACUUGAAACGUUACUCAUAGAUGACACACCAAAAGCAAAAGCAAAAAAGAAAGAAGCUGCACGAGGAGCAGUACGUGGUCGAGGUCGAGGAGGUCGCGGUACUAGAGGAGGUCGAGGGGGUCGUGGAAGAGGAAGGGGUAGACGAUAAUCAGACGAUAUAUAUUAUUAUUGUAAUAAAUCUGGUUGAAAUAAUUAAUUACAAAAAUUUUUUUCAUCUCAAAAAAAUAUUCGCAUAAUGUAUUAUCAUAUAAUACGAAAAUAAUUCAAUGAAAUAUAUUGCUUUUGUAACUCA